CACCAUUGGUUUGUUGCAUCAUUGCCAAUCAGUGUGAAUGGAUCAUGGCUUGCCACAACACGUCCUCCACACAAAACCUGUUUUAUAUUAUUUCACCGUCACCCUUUUUCAUGUAAUUCAAGUGAUCAUCCUUCUCCUUGUUUUAUGAUUAUUUAAUUUGUUAAUUUUAAAGGUGUGAUGGAUGUACAGGGGCCAAACAAGACUUUGUAGCAUCCAGGGGGAGAUUCUCCUCUUCCACACCCUCAUCUCAACGCUGUGAUUGGAUGAUCAGACAGGAGCAGGAUCCCUGAAGUGUUGGGUCAUCUUCCAAAAGAUGUUUUCCAUUCAAUUUUGAGGUGAGGGCUCGGUAUUUGCUCACACUGGGACAGACAUACGUAGGAGUCACAAGGAUUCGGUGGAGAGUGGGGGCACACCAGUUGCUUUAGGAAGGUGCUGCAGUAUCCUGUUCAACAGAAACAGAGAUGGUGGAAUGAGCCACUUGAUGACAUGGUGGAAACACAUAGGAAGUUCCCAUACAAAUAUUCUGCCCCUAAUUAUGGCCACUGUCAAGCCGACAGCUCUACAUAAAUGCGUGAAAAGGAAAUGGCUUGAGGAGUCUGCAGAGUCAGUGUGACAGCGAUGCAGAGACAGUUGAGGGCACAGGGGGUCAGUUUGUUAGACGAAUGAGUACCAAUUAAAGAUCUUUGUUCCUCUGGCUGAUGUCCUCUAACGACUUUGCUCUCUGAUCCGACCAUCAUGGAGGUUAUAUAUGUCAACUCCUCUCUGCUCUUCGUCUCUCACAGACCCUUCAACGAUUGUGUCAGUGAGAAGACGGUGUAUGAGUCUUGCAAAAACAUGCCUGCUGUUCUUAUUUGGUACCUGGGCCUGCAGUUCAUCAACAUGUUCCUGGGUAUCCCAGCAAACCUCAUGGUGCUGUGGCUCAUCCAUAAGAACAAGGGUGACUCCUCCACCUCAGAUAUCUUCAUCCUUCAUCUGGCGGUUUUAGACGCACUCUUCUGUCUCACCCCUCCCCUUGAGCUGGCCAACAUAGUCUUCCUCACCACCAGCAGCACCUGGUACGUCCUGCGCUUCUUCUACGGCAUGAAAGACUCCUCGCCUCUCUUUCUCUCCUGCAUCUGCCUGGACCGCUACAUGGCCGUGGUCCACCCCAUCACCUUCACCAAGCUCAAGGACCGUCAACACCGAGCGGUCCUGGCCCUCAUAGUCUGGCUGAUCAUUGUGGCCUACGCUGCUGCAAAAUGUGUAGGCAACAUUGUCAACUUCGAGAAGGUCUUCACGGUGAUGAUACUCAUAGCAUUCGCCUUCAUGGUGUUCUGCAACAUUGUGAUCCUCUGGGCGCUGCAGCAGUCUGGGCCCGGCAGAGACGAGAUGCAUCCUGUGAAGAAAAGAGCCUUCAAGAUGGUCCUCAUCAUCCUGGCCAUCAUAGUGUUCAACUACUUCCCACCUGUCGCGCUGUUCCCCUUCCAGGACUACUUCUCUCGUGACGUGUUUCAUUGUUACAUUCACUAUGUUGCAUUUGGCCUGAUGGACUUCAGCAGCAGCAUUCAGCCUAUGCUCUAUCUGUCCAAGGAAAAGCUGCCAUGGAGCGUCAACUGCUGCCAGAGCAGCAACACCCAAAUCAAUUAGGGGAAACAUGUUUGUUGUUCAAAAGUUUUCAUAUGAAUGUGUUGUUGUUGUGAAAUAUAGGAGAAUGUGUUAUGUUCUUGCUUUAUCCAAUGCUGAAAAUACUGAUUAUUAAAAAGAUGUAUUGUGCGGUGGUUCCCAACCUAAGGUCUGGGUCCCCUAAGGGGAACUCCAAACAUUAAAGUUCUUGCUUGUUCUGAGGAAGAUAGAAUAUGCAUAAAAUGUAUUAAUAGCAUAUUGUUCAGGUUUAUAGAUUUCUCAAAAAUUCUGUGCAGAAACCAGUUUGUUUAAGGCAAUAAUUCAACAUUUUGGGAAAUACACUUAUUCGCUUUCUGGCAACGAGUUAGAUGAGAAGAUUGAUACCACUCUCAUUCUCGUGUUUGUUAAAUGUAAGUGUACUGCCAGCAGGUAGUUAGCUUAGCUUAGCACAAAGACUGGAAAUAGGGGGAAACAGCUAGCCCGGUUCUGUCAAAUGGUAACAAAAUCCACCUACCAGCACUUCUAAAGCUCACUGAGAGACACAUGAAAGUGGUAUUGAUCUUCUCAUCUAACUCCCUGCCAGAAAACGAAUAAGCAAAUUUCCAAAAAUGGUCACCAAUGUUACAAAACCCAUAUUUUCUCGUUUACCUUCAGUUGUAUGUAGCCAAGCAGAUAGUUUUGGUUGUAUUUUUCACAGUUCAGAAAUACAAGAGAUGAAAUUAGUUAGUUAAUAAGUAGUUGACCCACAGAAAAUUAAUCAACAUUUUUGAUAACUGAUUAAUUGUUCAGGUCAUUUUUUAAGCAUAAAAUUCCAGAAAAUAGCUGCUCCCAGCUUCUCAAAUGGAAGGAUAAUCUUUUUUUACUUGUCUUAUAUGAUAGCAAACUAAAUAUUCUCGUUUUUUUGGAUUGUUGUUCUUAAAAAACAAUCAAUUUGAAGACGCCACCGUGGGCUCUGGGAAAUUGUAAUGGGAAUUUUUCACAACUUUUUUGCUCCCUUUUCACUAAACAAUUGAUUCAUUGGAAAAAUAAUCAACAGAUUAAUCAAUAAUGAAAAUAAUUAUUGCAGCCAAACCAAAACUCUCCCAUAUGAAUACAAUGGAGUGAAUGGAAUUUUGUUUGUGCAGCUUAAAGCAUUUAAAAAUUACACAAAAAUUGAAUAGCAUGUCUUUCCAUAAUGUCCUAGUUACUCAAGAUAAUCCACAGGCCUCGCUGAACCUUUCUAAAGAAUAGUCCCAAUGAAAACAGCUGACAGUGUCUUCUGUAGAUAAUUCAGAGUAACCAGGAAACAAUUUUUUAAGUGUAAUUUUUUUAACACCACGAAUGAAAUCCCAUUCACCUCCAUUGUAUUCUCAGUCAAAAACAGGGAACAUAAAACCAAAUCUAUCUGCAUGGCUCGACAGAUACCACCAGAGGUAUGUAAGAAAAUGGGGUUUUUUUUUUACAUUUUUCCAUGAACUGACCCUUUAAAGUGCCUUUCUGCUGAAAAUUCCUAGAAAAAGUCCUAAAAAUCUAAUCCUCAAGCACUUCGACUCUCAGUAAGACCAGCUAGUCAUCCAUCUGUCUUAUAAUCCUGUGGAGAAAACUAACUUUCACAUGUAGCAUUCUUGUCUGUCAAACCAUCACUAUUUGACUAGUAAAUUAACAAAACACAGCAUCUAAGAGCGAUAACAGUUCUGAAAGAUUUGAUGAGCAUUCAGAGCAUUAAAAUAAAGUUUGAUUCUACUUGGAGUUAGCUUCACUUUGGCUUUAUGGACAGACAGCACACAUCUCAGCCAUAGUGUCCUCUGUGGUGAGAAACUACACCUUUGUGCUUACUGUCCUUACGUUAAAUGCUGGGAAUCACUGCAUCAUGCACAGUCACUUAUCUAUACACUGUGUUGUAUUUGCUUUUACGGUUGUACUCACAGAAUGUAUUGUGUGCACUUGUACUUGCAAUGUAUUUUAGUGAACACAUUUUUUUUCUUGUACACUGACUGUAAUGUCUAACAAAAUAUACCCAUAAAGUAUAAAUAAGACAAUAUUAAUACAAAA